GAAAGACUGGGACCCUCCACCAUGAAGAGGGGGGACUAUUUGUGACAAUUAUUGUUUUGAUCUGGAUGACCUCUAUCAUUAGAUUUUGACUACCCUCAAGGUAAUCAACCAGUCAUUUUUACUGUACCAGUGGUUCUUUUCCUAACAUGCCUUGGAAAAUAGCUUGGCAGUCUGAUGGAUAGUCUUUGUUAUUGCAUUUGAUGUCCCCCUCUUCAGAUGGACUAUUCCAUUUCGCAUCUGAAAAAUCAGAUAGUUGGAAAGAAUUCUUCAUGCCAGGGACUGCUGUAGCCCCAGCACUGAUUAUAGCAGAGAACACCUGACCUGAGAUAAGCAAAUGGAUCAUCAGGAGCUGAAAGAACCCAUGAAGGUCACACUCAUUAAAGAUGAGAUGAACCGAUCCAACACGGGAACAAGUGACUCAGAGAAAGUCAUCAAGCAUCUGAACGAGGAGCUUCGUGAGGCCCAGGAGCUCUCCAACACAGGAAAACUGAAAUGCAUGGAACUGCAAGGUCUCCUGGAGGAGGAGAGGAGAGCCAACAAGCAGCAAGCUGACGAGUCUGCAAAACAGUUGAAACUCCUACACGGCCAGCUGCGUCAGCUACAGGACGAGCUGGGGGUCCUUAGAGAACAGAAAGACAGCGCCUCCCUGAGUUCACAAGAUGAACUGCACAGAUCCCGAGAAGAAGUGAAGACGCUGCGUCGCACCCUUGAUGCUGCCACCGCCGAUUGGAAGCGGGAGGUCUCUACGGUCCAGGGUAACCUAGCAACCGUCUCCAAGGAUAUGGAGAAGUGGCGAGAGACAGCCAGCAAGUAUGAGCGUGAGAUUAACGGCCUCCAAGGUGACCUACAGCAGCAGAGCAAGCAGUGGCAGAAGGCUGCCGAGUCACAAGCAGGUGAAAUGGAGUCUAUGCAGAGGGAGUGCACCAGCCUCCAGAGGGAGGUGUCAUCCCUGCGCUUGGAGAAACAGGAAGUGCUGAAUACACACCAGAAGGAGAGUGCUGCCCUCAAGGCGGAGAAGGAGGAACUGCUCAGGGCUCACCAGAAGGAGAAGGGGAACCUACAGAAUGAGAGUGCUGUCAUGCGCUCAGAGAAAGAGGCCAUGCUGAAGAAGCAAAAGGAGCUAGAGAAGGAUUUGGCCAGCUCGCGUGCCCAGAGUGCUGAGCUGGGCAGCAUUCUGAAGGCCCUGGAGCUCUCUCAGGUGGAGAUGGAGAAGAGGCUGGGGGCCCAGCAGGAGCAGCACCAGCAGGACAACACCAAACUUCAGAGCCAGCUGGACCAGUCAGACGGCCGCACCAAGGACCUGCAGAGAGAGUACGAAGAGACGCAGACCGAGCUGUCAGACCUGAAGGAGAAGUUUGAGAGAACCGAACAGGAAAAGCAGUCGAUCACUGAUGAGCUUGAGGAGUGUAAAGCUGACCUGAAAAUGCUGCGGGAGAAAGGAAACAAAAGUGGAUGGAUCGUCUGGGUGCCUCAUGCAGUUGCCGUGGUAGCGACUAUGACUGCUGCCGUGCUCUACGCCAGGACCUGAGUGUGAGACACACACACACAAGGAUAUAUGAGUGCAAACAUGCACACAUACGUACAUAUGGUCAGACUUCUGUACACUAAACCUAUUAAAUGCAUUGCCUCCUGAUCUGUUCAGUUGUUUACUCAUGUUCAGAUGUUUUAACAAGGAGAGCCCUUUAGUUGAAUACUUAUAGUUUCAUUGAUAUAUUUUAGAGAGAAAUUUGAGAAAUGAAUAUCAAAUAUACUGUACAAAUAAAGACAAGUUCAAUCUUCCUAAAGUUCUAAUUUCAGAAACUCAUAAAUGCAUUUUUGUUUUUCUCUUUAUGUUUUACAUUAGGACUCUAUCUUCUCAUAGGAUUUCAACAAUGAAUAUAGGCUAAAGAUACUGUACACUGUUAUCCUCACUGAUAAUGUUUAAUAUUACUGCAGAAAGACCUUCUGUCUUCAAGGUCCAACUGCCCUAAACACUUUCUUUGUUUUAGAGUCCAGUAAAAUAUGUAAAUUCACCUUAAACUUUAAUUUGCUGCGUUGCAACGCCUAAGCUAUGUGUGAAUACAUGGUGAAUGAUCUUAGAUCAUUUGCAUACACUCACUCACAUAAUUCUGGUAAAAAGGGUUAAGGAAUACCCAGAGAUUAAUGAUCUUGAGCCCAAAAAGUCAAUUUGAUGUUAACUGUUGACUAUUCAGUAGGCCUACCUCCCUUUUGAAUCAAUGUUUGCAUGCAAUUUAAACCUCUAGUAUCAAUUCAUUUGUCAUCCAAUUAAAUUCACCACAAAAUA